AUUUAUCGGCAAUAUGGCAGUCUUGUUAUUUGGAUAAAUUUUUUUACUGCCGGGUUCACUGAAAUUUAAAAUAUAAAAAGAGAUUAUUAUAUAUUUAUAUUUAUAAAUAUAUAUUAAAGUAUAUAUAUUUUAUUAUUAUUUUUAUUUAAAUAUAUAAAGAUGAAAAUAAAUCAAAACUUGUCAAUUUAUGGGAACAAAGUGAUACUUGUUCCGUAUGAAAAAAAAUAUGUUGAGAGAUAUCACGAGUGGAUGAAGUCGGAAGAACUUCAGCAGUUAACUGGCUCUGAGCCUUUGACAAUUGAAGAAGAGUACGAGAUGCAAGAAUCUUGGAUGAAUGAUGAAAAAAAGUGUACAUUUAUUAUUUUGAAUCGAAAGCGUUACGAUGACACAAGAGACUCAAUAUACUCAAUGAUUGGAGACACAAAUUUAUAUCUUAAUGAUAUUGACGAGCCUCACACAGCCGAGUGUGAAAUAAUGAUCGCUGAAGAGUAUGCCAGAGGCCAGAAAAUGGGAUGGAAUGCCAUGAUCCUCAUGCUACGAUACGGGAUUGAGGCGCUAAAUAUAAAUAAAUACCGCGCGAAAAUAAAAAUAAACAAUGACAGCAGUAUUAAAAUGUUCAGCAAGCUAAAAUUUAAAGAGGUAAGCAGGAGCGAAGUAUUUGGAGAAAUUACAUUUGAACGUGAUGUAAGUCCUGAGUGGAAGGAGUUUUUGAUGCAAAAAUCAAUAUGUUGAUAAAUAUGUAAUAGUUUUAAUGUUUUAAUAAAUUAUUUAACCGACUACUCUAUCAAAAAAAUCCAUAUGAGAAUCCAGCAUAGACUCCUAUGAAUGUUCCCAUGGCGUUCUCGGAUGAAUUCCCAUAUGGUUUCCUAUAGGUAUUUAAAUCGGUUCCUUUAUUCAUAUACGCGUCCCUGUCAAAAAAAUCCACGUGAGAUUGCAUGGGAACCCAUAGAAAUAUUGGAGCUUAUGGAUUUAUAUAAGAAUCCAUGGGUAUCUGGAUCCCCAUAAAAUAAAUUAGGGACUAUAAAUUAAUUUAUCGAUUCCCGAUGAAAAAAAAUCUAGGUGGUACUGCAUGAGAACCCAUAGGAAUCCAUGUACGAAAUCAUGGGUAUCUGGAUUCUCAUAUAGGAAAUCCAUAUAGGAAACUGUGGGUACUUAGAUUUCCAUAUAAGAACUUGGAUAUAUAGAUUUCUAUGGUUUUCUAUAGGAAUUUAAAUCUGUUCCUUUAUUCAUAUACGCGUCCCUGUCAAAAAAAUCUAUGUGGGAUUGCAUUGGAACCCAUAGAAAUAUUGGAGCUUAUGGAUUUAUAUAAGAAUCCAUGGGUCUCUGGAUUCCCAUAUAAGAACUUGACAUAGAAAUUUAAAUAAAUGGUUUUCUUUUCGGGAAAUUCAUAUGGAAUCUGGGUUUCUAUAUAAGUAAUUCCUAUAGAAUCCGGGGUAUCUGGAUUUCUAUGUCUAUCGUCUAUUGGUACGCGCAUCUGAAUAAAAGAACAGAUUAAUAUUCCUAUAGGAAACCAUAAAGAAAUUCAUCCGAAAACGCCAUGCGGGAAUCCACAUAAGAAUCUAGACUGGAUUCCCAUAAGGAUUUUAUUAAAAUUACUUGUAUUGUCUACAAAGAUGUAAUACUUCUUAAGUUAAUUAAUAAAUCAAUAAUUUAUUAUAAAUACUAAUAUACACAGCAUCAAUUACUCAAUUUUUUUUUAAAAGUCUGCCAAUAGAAUAUUAACUUCUUCUUUUAAUCAUAUACGCGUAUCAGUAGAUAGACAUAGAAAUCCAGAUACCCCGGAUUCUAUAGAAAUUUCCCAUAAAGAAAUCCCUAUAUCCAAGUUCCUUAUGGGAAUCCAAGUACCCAAAGUUUCCUUACGGAAUCUAGAAACCCAUGACUUUCUACAUGGAUUCUUUUAUAAAUCCAUACACUCCCAUAAUUCCUAUGGAUUCUUACAUAAUUCCAUACUUUCCUACAUAGAUUCCUAUGGGUUUCUAUGCAAUCCCAUGGAUUUUUUUUAAAG